ACGAGGAGCUCCGGGAGAAACAAGACAGUUCACCCAAGGCUUGUCUUGAUGGGGGCGGUUCGCUAAAGGGCCUACAGCUUUGUAAAAUGUGUUCACAUCAUCUCACAUGGACAUUUUAGUGAAGUUAAUGAGCCCAUACAUUUUGUGUUUUUAAUAAAGGAAGAGUUAAGUUUGGCGGUCCAAUUAGUGAUCAAGGCGAAGAGGGAAGUAGUGAGCGGUGAACACUCUCGCCUCGGCUCCAAACGUCUUGUACAGCUGUUUUCACGCUGCUAAAAAUUCUGCGCAAGAUAUGAUCCACGAUUUACAUGCGAGGCGAUGAUGCAAACCAGCUCACUGGGAGAUAACGGACUCGCUGUGUGGCUCCUUUUUGACUAAUACAAGAAGAAGCCCCCUGUCUCCCUUCGCCCACCAUGCGGAGGGCAAACGCCACCAGAGCCGUCCCCGCAGGUCGCACGUAGGGACAUCUUAAUGGAAGGUGGGACGAGGGAGAGGUCGUGAGGCUGGGGAGUCGGGACAUCAGCCGAGCUGCGGAGAGCGGCGUUAGCUAGCUUAGCCGCGACGGGCACAGGGGAGCGGCGACGUUCCGUACAGACAGCCGCCGGUUGGGCUCAGUCAUGGCUGCGAACGGGAGCAGUGUAACGCCCGGGAUGGGGGAGAUCAUCCAGUUGAACGUCGGUGGGACAAGGUUCAGCACCUCCAGACAGACUCUGAUGUGGAUCCCAGAUUCUUUCUUCUCAAGUUUGCUGAGUGGAAGGAUAUCCACUCUUCGGGAUGAAACCGGAGCUAUAUUUAUUGACAGAGACCCUACAGCUUUUGCGCCAAUUUUGAAUUUUCUCCGAACCAAAGAAUUGGACCUGCGGGGUGUCAGCAUCAGCGUCCUGCGACAUGAAGCCGAGUUCUACGGGAUAACUCCUUUAGUGCGGCGCCUGUUGCUGUGUGAGGAACUGGACCGCUCGUCAUGUGGUAGUGUUCUCUUCCAUGGUUACCUGCCACCCCCAGCCCUCCCUGCCCGCAAACCACGCUCUGCCUCAGCAGCCUCUGGCUCCUCUUCUGAAGAGCGGCCGGGUCCAAGUGGAGCAGAGGGCUUCACCCGUGUCGGUCCCCCUCCUCACCCCUCCCUGCCUGCUUCACCUGGAGCAGAUGACAACAACAAACUGGGUCCCGUUGUUGACCCCAGGAAGGUGUUGAUUAUAGCAGGACACCACAACUGGAUUGUAGCAGCCUAUGCACACUUUGUCAUCUGCUACAGGAUAAAGGAAUCUUCUGGAUGGCAGCAGGUGUUUUCCUCCCCCUACCUUGACUGGACCAUUGAACGGAUUGCCCUCAAUGCCAAGGUGGUGGGAGGCCCGCAUGGAGACAAGGACAAGAUGGUGGCCGCCGCCUCUGAAAGCAGCAUCAUCCUCUGGAGCAUCCAAGAUGGAGGCAGUGGCAACGAGAUAGGUGUAUUCAGUCUCGGUGUACCGGUCGAUGAUCUGUUCUUCAUCGGGAACCAGCUGGUGGCUACGAGCCACACAGGGAAGGUCGGGGUGUGGAAUGCUGUCACACAACACUGGCAGGUCCAAGAUGUGGUUCCCAUCACCAGCUGUGACACGGCAGGAUCCUUUUUACUACUGGGCUGCAACAACGGCUCCAUCUACUACAUAGACAUGCAGAAGUUUCCACUGAGGAUGAAGGAUAAUGAUCUCCUGGUGACUGAGCUUUAUCAUGACCCUUCAAACGAUGCCAUCACUGCGCUGUCUGUCUAUCUUACACCUAAAACCAGUGUGAGUGGCAACUGGAUCGAGAUCGCCUACGGGACGAGCAGCGGUGCAGUGAGAGUGAUCGUGCAACACCCGGAGACAGUGGGAUCAGGUCCUCAGCUCUUUCAGACCUUCACCGUGCACAGGAGCCCAGUCACAAAGAUUAUGUUGUCGGAGAAACAUCUGGUAUCAGUGUGUGCGGACAACAACCAUGUCCGGACGUGGACGGUGACCCGCUUCAGAGGGAUGAUCUCCACCCAGCCAGGCUCCACCCCUCUGGCCUCCUUCAAAAUACUGUCCCUGGAGGAGACGGAGAGUCACGGGAGCUACUGCUCAGGGAAUGAUAUCGGUCCAUUUGGAGAUAGAGACGAUCAGCAGGUUUUUAUCCAGAAGGUCAUUCCUAUCACCAACAAACUGUUUGUGAGGCUCUCAUCAACUGGAAAAAGGAUCUGUGAGGUGCAGUCAGUUGACGGAACCACCAUCUCUUGCUUCAUGGUACGAGAGUGCGAAGGCUCCAGUCGGAUGGGGUCGCGACCUCGACGCUAUCUGUUUACUGGUCAAGGCAACGGCAGCAUCCAAAUGUGGGACCUGACCACUGCGAUGGACAACGCUAACAAGGGAGAGGAGAGGAAGAAAGAGGAUGUAGGUGGGCCUACAGAGGAGGAACUGCUGCAGCUGUUGGACCAGUGUGACCUGAGCACCUCCCGCUGCGCCACGCCAAGUAUUAGCCCCGCCCCCUCCUUGCUGCACCACACGCGGCUGCGAGAGUCCUGCUCAAGUCUGCAGUUACAGGCCCAGGAGCCCAUUCCUGAGAGUCAGGCUACUUAUGCAGCUGUGCGUCCCUACAGAGAGAGCCCCCUGCUGGCCCGCGCUCGACGAACCGAGUCCUUCCACAGCUACCGAGACUUCCAGAACUUCAGCCUGAGUCGGGGUGUCCUGGACAGCACAGGUCAGACGUCCGCGCAGGGCCCCGGUCAGGUCCCUGACGCCCGCCGUUCACUCUGUGACUUUGGGUCUGAGGACGGUGAGAGGAGAGCCUCCGUUAUGGAGCUCUGGGCUUAUCGAAGUAGCGGUUUGAGCUUGAGCACUAACAUCGGGGCCUUGGCUGCUGCCGGUGUUUCUGUUGUUAAGGCAGAAGGCGGUCAAGACGCUCCGCGGCAACCUCCGGACAGCCCGAUUCCGGGGGGUGACGUCAGAAAAAAGGUGCACCCCACAGAGGAGGGAGAGGGUGUGAGCCCCGGGGGAGAUGGGGCAAAGGCAGAGGGAGGUGUGAAGAAGAGGGGAGUACUAGAAGGAGGCUUUCUAGGGAGGAAAAGAGCGCCUCCAGUUCCUCACCUCGCCUCUCUCCCCUCCGGAUCUGAUGGCGGAGGCAGCGACUCAUCUGCAAAUGCUUCCCCCUCCCCAACUAAACUGGCAUCCUCCACCUCGCCGCGACACAGGAAGCUGGCCCCUGAGCUGUCCAAUCAGGACAGCAGCCUGUGAAAAUGCCAUGUUUUCCCACCAGCAACUUCUUCAGACCCCACUGGAAUCAUUUCGUAGAAGGCAUCCUGUUGGUACGUGCAGCACAGAGAGGAAGGCUGAAUGUAACGUAUGCUUCAGGAUGUAAAUGGGUAAAUGAUCUUUUAAUUUAACAUUACACCUUUAAAUUAAAGGUGAAAUGUUUUAGUUUUUCGACUACAAAAAACUGGACACGAGUGAUCAGUUACAACACCCAGCACUAGCAGCAUGACAUCUCAACCAGAGCAAGGAAAUGCCUUUUCUUUUCUUUUUUUGGAUUUGGAUUGACUGGAAUUUGUUUGUUGUUGGUGUUUGCUUAAACUUUAACAAAACUGGUUUCGAGGUGAAACACUUUGAGCCACGAGUCUGAUAGUAAUGUGCCAGCUCGGUGCUGAAGAACUGCUGAAAUAGUUUUUCUCUUCCUGUGUUGUUGAUCAGUCGACAGCUUGACAAACAUACAGUAACUACAGGAGCGAGCACAAGUCUCUUCUUUCCGGUAUGGUCAAGGGAGUGUUGCUGCCUGUUUGGUUUGAAGCACAAACAAGAGUCGGACCACAGAUAAGACUGAAUCCAUUACUCAUCAAGGGUCAUUAAAAUAAAAACAGCACAGCCCAAGUAACAGAACGGGCCGUGUGUUGUUUAGCCUAUGCGAAAAUAGAAUCAACAAAGACACACCCCUUGUUUAUUUAUCAGACUUUUAAAGGGUUUGUAUCGACUCAUACUCUGGUACAAACGACUGACCUAAACCAUUUAAACAAGCAGAGCUCACUCCCACUAACAAUUAUGUGUCAUUAUUGAGUAAUCUGUCAAAUCAUUUUUGUAAUUUGAUUUGUUUGGUUUAUAAACUGUCAGAUCUUCUGACAUCUAAUCAACAGAAAAUAUCCAAAUUACACUGAUAUGAAACAGAAAAAGAAGCAGCAUAUCCUCACAUUUGAGAAGCUGGAACCAGCAGAUGCUGCCGAAAAGGUUUUCGUUUUGUUUCGUUAAUCAUCCAUGACAAUUUGUGCAAUUGUUUUUUUUACGCUGUGGAUGUUUACUUACCUUAAGCACGUUACCCAAACCACAAUCUUGGCAGCUACUUGAAUCCAAAUGUCCCAGACACAGACAAUGGUUAUCGUUGUCAGGCCAUAAUGGUCACGGACGACAGACAACGAGCAGUCAAGUCCGUUUGUAGCUCCAGCUCACAAUAGAAACCUUUUUAUGUUUGUCGUUCGACAGCUCAGUGACAACUAUGCAACAGUGGAGUUACGAUGCACAACAACAGCUAAAACUAAAACUGUUUGUGUUUUUAACGUCAAGUCUUCAGGAUCGACACCUAGUGACACAUGGAUGAUGGCCUGAACGAAACGAAACAAUGAAUCCUCAUUGGAGCCCGACCGAUAUGGAUUUUUGGGGGCAGAUACAGAUAUUAGGUAGUAAAAAAUUUCAGAUACUGAUAUAUCAGCACAUAUAAAUACAUAUAUUUCUUUUUUUAAGGUAUCAUAAUCAACCUAACCUAACCCCAACGAAAAGUAAAAGGAAUUGAUAUUUUACAUAAAUGUACAUCUUUUCUGCAUUGUUUAUUCUGUAGAAUUAAACUUGUCAUACUGGCACACAUUGGGCAAACAAACGGAGAUACGAUACAUGUCUGUGAACGGCUCACAUCGGCUGACAUCAUCGGCCAAGCGAUACAUCGGUCGGGCUCUGAUCCUCAUGCCUGCUUUUCACUGCGGCUCGUCUUCUACAGAGAGGAGCAUAACACUCUCAGAAAUGUGACAUUUUCAUUUUAUUCCAAUGCAACAAUUUGGGGCAUUUUCAUGAAGCAUACGUAAAUGUGAAGUCGAAAAAACAAAUUGGUGGCCAACAGCUGGAAGAGCACAAUCCUACUGAUCCAUUACAAACACUAGAGCUGAGCUAACAGGGGCACUGGUCACCUUUAGGUAUCAUUUAUUUAAAAUUGAAAACUAAAUCAGUUUUUAAUGCUUCAUGGUUUACAUGCGACAUUUCCCCUCAUAUCUAAACAGAAAAAAAUCAUGUGGUAAAGUGUUUUUUUGCUCACAUCUGUGCUCUUAGUUUACUUCAUAGGAAGACUAAAUGUUGUACCUGUUUAAAAUCAGUAGUGCCUGUACAAGAUCACACUAAUUAUUAUUUAUUUUUUCAUAUUUUUUACAGUUUAAAAACUAGACUCAACUCGAUACAAGGACCUCCACUACAUCACUUUAGUCCCUUUUUAAACCUGUUUUGACGCGCCUCGUCUUGUCCUGGACGUCUGUUUCAGUGCCUUAUUUAAACCCGAGUGACGGUCAUCGGCCCGUCUGUGUUUGUUGAACAAGGUUCUGACCAAAGGCUUUUGAAGAUGGGGCUCAUUGUGGAGCCACACCACAGACCUGUCCACUCCGAAAACAAUUGUCGACCGCUAGAUUUACACCGGGUCAAAUUAGAUCGGCGGGCAUUUGAAUUGAUAGGCAUUAGAUAUCUGUGGUAAAGACUCCUGUAACUGGAAGCUCCGUCCGUUUUCCCGACGCCCGGGGAACAUUAAUCUGUGUGUAUGUAGGAGACAAAAGCGAAGCACCUUGGUUGUAUAGUUGAAGACCUAUAGAAGGACUGGAUAGCCUCAAGUAAAAUGGCAGCGACCUUUAUUAGCAAACUCAUUUGGAGGUAAAGCUGCUUAGUUACUGCUCAAACAUGUUGGAUGCCCUGAAGGAUUUCUACUGUUUGUUUGUGGUAAGAUAAAGAAACGGUACUUUGUAUUGUGGAGACAACGUGCUGUAAAUAUUUGUGUGACAGUAAAAAAAAAAAAGAGAGAUAUAAUUACAUUUACUGUCCUGACAUGUUUAAUAUAAUUUGCCAAAUCCAGCAGCUAUCUAACCUCAUACAUUGCGUGUCAUGUCAGUGUAAAAAAAUAUAACGGGCCUCAGGGUCCCUGCCUGUACAAAAAUGUAAAUUUUAUACAUACAUUCUGUUUGAUAUACAAUUGUACAGAAAGUACACAAACAUAUUCAAGACAAAAUCCUAAUACGGAUGCAUUGAUGUGUGUGGUGGUGUGUUGAUACUUACACUGUUGUUCGUCAUUAUAUAUUGUGGAUAAUCAUAUCAUAUUAUGCCUAUAUUGAUAUUACCAUGCUAUUGGACCUAACUGCGUUUGCACUAUUACAAUUAAUAUUAAAGUAACUUUCUAUUGUUUUUAUUUUAUACAAAAUAUAAAAGUUUUAACUGUAUUUUCUGCACAUAACUGACUUGUCUUCUGAAAACAUGUCUGUCCUCACCUGUCGUCCCUCACUUCCUCUCUGGCUAUGUUUACAUUACAUUACAGCCAGACACUGGAUUACAUGUCUGUGUGAACUGCCCUGCACAUCGCUGUUGUACAUUGUGUACGUUAGAAAUGCUGCGUUAUGUUGUAAUGUUUUAUUGCCUUUUUAUUGCUUAGAAUACUGAUCAUACAUAAUGGAUCAUUUUAUGAUGUACAAAUCUGUAUAACCGGACAUUUGAAAUGAAACAAGAGGGAUCAGUUCGCAGA